AUGAAAGUGGGAGCCUGCUACGGAGCAGGCUAUGUGGCCAUGUUCCUUGCGCUGGGCCUCGGCACCACCGCGGCCAAGACCUCCUUUUUCGGGUCCCUGCAGGCCGUGGUCUGCGCAGGCAUCACUUGCAUCCUGGCGCGGCAGCUGAAGAUCGGCACGCUGGCGGCAGCCGCUCUGGCGGUCACAGGCGUGGGGGUGCUGGAGCUGGCGGGCAGCGGGCCUCUGGAGCUUGCGCCGGGCGACUUGAUCUGCUCGCUGGUGCCACUGAGCUUCGGUGCUGGAUGGUUCAUCCUGGGCAAGACCAUGAAGGACUAUCCUGAAGACGCCUUGCCCUCCACGGCUUUGCAGCUGGCGCUGAUCUGCUUGGCCUGUUUGGGCUGGACGGGCGCCUCAAGCUUCCACCAGGGCGGCCUGGAGGCAGUAGCAGCGGUCUUCGCGCAGCUGCCUUCGCUGCUGCUCACGCCGAAGAACCUCCUGCCGCCGCUGCUGUUCUCGGCCCUGGUGGGCAAUGUGCUGACCAUGUGGCUGGCCAACGAGGCCCUGCGCCGCGUCAAGGGCGCCGACGUGGCGCUCAUCGCGGCCUCGGAGCCGCUCUGGGCGGCGCUGGCCGGGAUCGCCUUCCUGGGAGACGUUCUGCAUCCCCAUGAAGUGGUUGGAGGAGCGCUUCUCAUCGCUGCCGUUGUGUGCAACGAGCUUUGGGCAGAGGAGGAGCUGCCGCUGGAGAGCCCUGCACGCCGGCGGGAGUCGCGGCCACGGCCCCUGGUGCAGAUGGCCGCCAUGAAGGACAAGUGA